AUGGCUUCCAAGCGCAUCUUGAAGGAGCUCAAGGACUUGCAGAAGGAUCCACCUACGUCCUGCAGCGCAGGUCCGGUUGCUGAAGACAUGUUUCAUUGGCAAGCAACUAUUAUGGGUCCGGCGGAUAGUCCGUAUGCUGGAGGUGUUUUUUUGGUUACCAUUCAUUUUCCUCCGGAUUAUCCUUUCAAGCCUCCUAAGGUUGCAUUCAGGACUAAGGUUUUUCAUCCCAAUAUCAAUAGCAACGGUAGCAUUUGUCUUGAUAUCCUGAAGGAGCAAUGGAGCCCUGCACUGACCAUCUCUAAGGUACUGCUUUCUAUCUGCUCACUGCUGACUGAUCCAAAUCCUGAUGACCCUCUUGUACCGGAGAUUGCUCACAUGUACAAAACCGACAGGACCAAGUAUGAAGCAACUGCACGCAGCUGGACUCAGAAGUAUGCCAUGGGCUGA